GUUCUACGAAGACGCAGGAUCAAGGAGUGAGUAUCAUGCCACGCCUAGACUGCAACAGUGCUACUGACUGCCCCACUCAGCAGUGUCUGCACUGCCGGGUCUGGUGCAUGAUUGAUGCAAAGACCUCCCGUGAAUGCAAAUGCAUGGUGCUACUGUCAUUAGUCGACACUGAUGUAGAGAGCUACGUGGGAAAAACGGCAUGAAAGAAGAUAUUGGCAAAAUGCAACACUCUAAAGUCUUGGACGUACAAUAGCACUAGAAGAUAACUUGGUUGGCGAGAAGCCGUAUCGGACGUUCCUCACCUCUAGCUCUUCUCAGUGCUUGUGGUGUAUUCCACGCGAGGCUAUGCAACAAGCAAGAGCUGUUUCUCCCACAACCUAAGGCUAAGCGCCUUUGCCCGUCGCCUGGCAGCAUGUGAAUGAUAGCUGACUUGGACGACGCCAGAAAACGCUCAGUGGCUGACGUUAUCGAUUGAGCGACGAUCUGACCUAUUCACGGCGACCGUGAGUUAUGCAGAGUUUGUAGUGUUUGUGCCAGCGUCAGUUAUCUGAAGACUACAGGCUACGGUGUAAUCCGCAAAUCCGAGGUAACAACUAACGAAUCCAACCACCAAGAGUUGGUUGGUCGCCACCACACAGCGACAUAAAAGUAGCUAGAGAGGUUCGAGGGUUGCCCGGCGGGUCGUCGGAGGUGUCGGACUGUGUGUCUGUUACUCAGAGGUCCUGAGAACAGCCCUCAAUACGCCGCAUGACCGGCCGUCGGACGGAUGAAGUCCCAGCCAGGCAAGAUACGACCAACAUAGUCAUUGGCAGCACAACGCCACGACCAUGAAUGAGCGGUUGACUGAGCCAUAUUCAACCCGGUACGUGUCAUUGUAUGCACUCGAUCGAGCUGCCAGCCUCCAUCCAUGAGCGACGAAGACUGGGGAACUUGAAAAUAGCGUGAGACAUCUCGCAAGGCUCGGUUCAUACAGAGCAGAGAGCUCGGCGAAAACGCAGCCAGCCUGUCCACUGACGCAGCCCAAGAUUGGUUGGGCGAAGGAACGUCAGUCUGGGUGAUUGACCGUGAGCAACAGAAUCAGUUACAGGGCAGACAAGGUCGAUAGUCUCAGGACUGAUCUGCCGCUGUGAAGACAACAUGCUUCGUAUGUCAGCAUGCGAAGAUCUCAGCACGGCUGGCCUACAAGCUGCACCAGUCAACCCUGGUGCAAGCAGCAGCAGCAAUAACAGCAGCUAUAAGCCAGCCAAGCGAUCAGCAACCGCCAUCUCCAUUGGCAUUGGUGGAGGUGCACCAGGGACAGGAGGCCGCCAUCAUCCAGCCUCCUCCUCUCAGCAACGACGCAGAUCUGUAAGGUUCACUGCCUCCCCUGGACGCAGUCAAGAGCAAAACGCGUCACUGUCAGAGGAUGAGACACAGACUAGGAAACCUUCAACACGGCAACAGACUGGUAGCUCAGGAUGGUUGGUCACCAUGGGACCAUCAGCACGUCAGUUAUUCAAGUCCAAGCCUCCAAGCAGUAUUCUGAUGGCAUGCUCCAGUGGGGAUGCUCGCUGGCUCAAACACUGUCUGAGCAGUAGUGCGGAGGACGAAGUCAAUCAAUUAGGUCCUGAGGGCUUAUCACCCCUGCACAUGGCUGCAAGGCAUGGACACCUGAGUUGCAUCGAGACUCUACUCUCGUGGAAAGCCACCAUUGUCACCGUGACAACCCUGCCCGACAGCAGGACAGCAUUACAUCUAGCAAUAGAUGCAAAGCGACAGCGGGUGCAGUGCUUGCGCAGAUUAGUGCAAGCCGGGAUACCCAUAGACCAGGGAGAUUGGAAUAUGAGCACACCAUUACACACAGCAGCACAGCUCGGUCGAGUAGCAUGCAUGAUGGUACUGUUAGAGUCCGGUGCUAACAACCAGGCCCUGGACAAACUCAAGCGACAGCCUGUGGAUGUAGCCAAGUGGUCAGGCAAGGGAGAGUGUGUACGCCGACUGACAGCGGUUGCUUGGGCAGCUGAGAAAACGCACGCGGAAGAGACUAAGCGCCUACAUGCAUAUAGCAGUGACAUUGAGCGUGUGCAUCGAACAAGGCAGCAGAAACUUGAGCAGGCACUGCGUGGCGAGGAGGCAUUCGGUGACUGGCUUGCUGCUAAGGGCCUGGCAUCUACGUCAAGUGCAUCCUUAUCCCAUCAGCAUACAACAAGCUCGCUGCACCAUAUAUCAGGAACAGCAGAUGUCGACGACAGAAGCAGCAGAGCCAGCAGUCGAAGCGGAACGACGUCAAUGGCUGCGUCGCGUGUCAGCUCAAGGCUCUCCAGCAAAUUCAAUAGCAUGUGGAGUGUGUAUAGUGCUCCACCGCUACUGCCCGCCAGCAUGGCUGAUGGCGGACGAAGUACUCUCUCACGUCUUGCCUCACCAUCACUGCCGUUCAUCACAACUCCGGACGAGUUCCCUCCACCACCUGCGGCCAGCAAGCCAAUCAAGAUCUCCUUUCAGCAUCGGCAUCAACAUGGCCACCUGUUGAAAGCCAGCAAAUCCCAGCAUUCUGGGGUGUCACCGAAAAGCAAGGCAAAGCGAACCAGACACUCGGGAGCUGCACGCACUGGGCACACUGGGCACAUUGCUGCUAGCCGACGGAAGGAAUCCAAGCAGCGGCCCCUGCCUCGAGCUAGCACACCACAUCCGUCACGUGACAUGAGUAGUGUGGGUAUGCCACCGCCACCGCCAUCACCACCGGUUGAAGAAUCCAUGGUUGAAAUUGACGACGAGGAGAGACCCGACCUGCUGCUGCCGUCAGUACGCAUAGAAGAGUUGCUGAUGAAGGACAGGCACCAGCUACCCACACUAAAGCCGCUCGCCUGGGGCUCUGGUCAUCAGCUACUAGAUCCCAUGGCAACUAGUGAUGACCAACAGGGAAACGAGAGUGCAAAGCAGAGACCGCAAGCCAUGCCGGUGUUCCGACCACUGCGAGCUAAUUCCCUUCGCCUGGCCGCACUGCGUAGCACAAAUCUUGAGGCCGUGGAUGAAGAAGGAGAGAGCGCUAGCAGCAGUGUGUCUGAUAUUGAUGCAUACCUGGGACCGACACAUUCAUGCUUACAGCUGCAAAGUUCAGACGGAAUAGACACUCCAGUAUCUGGUGGCACAGGCAGUGACAUAUCACUUUGCAGCACAGACAUGCUCGACAGGAUGAGUUUAUCGGAUGAUUGACAGACUGACUACAGCUUUUUGGAAGCAAUCAUCGAUACCGAUAUUCACACACACGCACACACACGCACACAAACACCCCCCCCCCCCCUCCCCUCACCGAUACACAAGUAACAGCACUGUACUUGAUUUUGACGGUGAUAACAGGAAUUAAUCUUGUCCAUCCAUAAACUCUUAUUCAUUCCGUGACCAUUGCUUGCAAUUGGCAGCAAUGCAGACCUAAACGGGGACAUGACUAACUUUCUGCUAAGAACCGGAACAUUUCAUCCCAUCAACACCCAAACACGCCAACAGCAGAUCAUAUUGACCCGAAGUAUAUUUAUUGAAUUUCCUAUUACAGAGCAGGUUUCGAAGCAUAUGAUUUUCUAUGUCAGUAUUCAUCAUCGAUAAAUAAUUGAUGGCUAAUAUAAAAGAAUUCUUGGCUACUAGUAUAUAA